UGUCGCGAAGGAAGGCGAAGAAUAGGGCCACACUGAGUGGGGACAACUGGGCCGCGGGCCCAGAGGACACGAAGGAAGGUCCGGGAGAAGAAAUUCCAAGUUUCAGGGAAGAAAAGGUGGCUCGAGUGGGGAAACUGUGGCGGCGACGGUCUCUCAUUGCCGGGACCCCGCCGUGUGCCGCCCAGGGACGCGAGGGGGCGCUGCUGCCGCGCCAGGGGCCAGGGUCCUGAGGUCCCCUGAGCGCCUCCCGGCCCUGCCCGGCCGGCUCAGGCUACACCCGGACUCUGCCCACCGUGUUUCCGCCGUCGACGUCGAGUCACUGGUGGGCUCGCGGGUGGGAAGGGCCGGGGUGGCGGGACUUUCGCCGACACCCCGCGCCCCGCCUGGUGGCUGCGCACACUAGGCCGGCGACGGGACUGCCCGCGUCUCAGCCCCUCCUCUGUGAAGCGAGACCGCUGAGGUGACAAAUGUGCCAUGCCUGGAGACAAGCUCCAGCACCAGCCCUGCCAGAGACUCGCUCAUGCGCCAUGCCAAGGGCCUGGAUCAGGACACCUUCAAAAUUUGUAAAGAAUAUCUAAGACCACUGAAGAAGUUCCUGCGAAAGUUGCACCCGCCCAGGGACCUUCCCCAGAAGAAGAAGCUGAAGUACAUGAAGCAGAGCCUUGUGGUCCUAGGGGACCACAUCAACACCUUUCUGCAGCAUUACUGCCGAGCCUGGGAAAUCAAACACUGGAGAAAGAUGCUCUGGCGGUUCGUCUCCCUCUUCUCAGAGCUGGAAGCAAAGCAGCUUUGCCGACUUUACAAGUACACCAAGAGCAACCAGCCGGCCAAGUUCCUGGUGGCGUUCUGCGCCUCGGAUGCGCCGGAGAGAUCCUUGCUGGCCGACCAGGAAGACAGUCUGCCGAAGCUCUGCGAUGCCUGGGGGCUGCGCGGCAACAUCAGCGGUGUGAAGGAGCGGCUGUCCAAGAUGCAGGCCCCGGGUCAAGGGAACCCCCUGCCCGGGGAGCCAAGAUCCCAGGAUCAUGUCAAGAGAGGGUUUCUGUGAGAAAAGACUAAGUGAUAUAGGUGGGAAGCAAGAUUCUUCAAGGGAGCUUUCUCCAAAACCAAAACUCAAGAGAAGGAGAAUAAAGGAAGCCCCAGAAACUCCAGAGACUGACCCAUAAGAAGACCAGCUGAGACAAAAGGCCAGCUUGCCCUGGCUCUCAGAGCACGGGGAAUGGAGACCAAAAAGGGAAAAGAAUUGUCCUUAUCAAAAGGAUUCUCAGGUCUUAAUUAGGAAUAAAUGAAGUGGGAAAUAAACAUUCUUUUGACAGUUCUACCUCA